GACGAUCGCUGGAGCCAACCGAACCACACAACGCAAACACCACCCCCGUCCGUUCAGGCAACAAGCACACACAACACCUGAGUGAGACACAGACACGCACGACGACUUGGCGUGACCAGGUCCCCCACCCCACUUCCUUCCCCGCCCCCCUUUCUUGCUCUACGGCAAUGGCGUCUACAAGUCUCAGCGAGGCCAUUCGGUGUGCGUCUGAGACGGGAACACUGCGUCUUCGCGCACUCAAUUUGCGCAAGUUUCCAGAGCUGCCAGAGGACGUUGACGCCGCAGACCUUAUCGAACUCGAUGUGGCGGAGAACCGGCUGGUGCAGCUGCCCAGCCAGCUGCUGGAUAUGAUUGAGCUGGAGCUCCUCAACUGCUCCCACAACAUCAUCACCCACUUGCCUGACUUUUCCAGCCUGCAGUCCCUGACUGAGCUUCACCUUGGGCGCAACCAGCUGAGCUCUCUCCCCGAAGACGUGUGCGAACUCCCGCUUGAGAUCCUGGACAUCAGCAGCAACAAAAUUCAUGAGCUCCCGGCCCACAUUGGCAACCUCCGCGACACCCUCAAAGAACUGAACAUCUCCAACAAUGCGCUGCGCAUCUUGCCUGAUGCGGUGUGCUCCCUCCACUCGCUGAGAGAACUCAACAUUGCUCGCAACAAGCUCGACACCCUGCCCGAAGGACUCGGGUCGCUAAGGGCGCUGGUGACGCUGGAUAUGUCAAGCAACGCCAUCUCCGUGCUGCCCAUCAGCAUGGCCGACCUGGCCCACCUCACGUCCCUCAACGUCGACUCAAACCCGCUCAUGCAGCCCCCGCCACACAUCUGCAGCCGCGGGCGUGUGCACAUCAUCAACUUUCUCCAGCAAGAGAAGCAGCGCGCUGCCAAGGCCACACAGGACCUGCAGGCCUCGGCCGCUCAGGCGCGCGAUGUUGAUGUUGAGGACGCAUCUGCAAAGGAGCAAGAACGCAUCAACGAACGGGAGAAGCAGAUGGCGGAGGAGGCGCAGCGAUUACAGCAGAUGCGCGCACAGCUCGAGCAGAAAGAGCAAGAGCUACAGGCGGCACAGGAGCGUCUUCUCCAGCAAGAAAAGGCGCAGCAAGAAGCUGCCAAGGAGAUGAAGCUGCGGCAACAGCAGGAGGAGCGGGAGAAGACGCUGGCAGAACAGCGGGCAAAGGAGGCGAUUGCACGCACGCGCAAGCAGCUGGAGCGAGAAAAGGCCGAGGUGGAGAAGAAGAAGAUUGAGCAGGCACGUUUGGAAAAGGAGAGACAGGAACGCGAGGAAAAGGAAAAGGAGCGAAAGGCGCGCGCAGAGCGGGAGAAGCGGGACAGGGAGCGAAGAGAGAGGGCGGAACGCGAACGGAAGGAGCGCGAGAAGCAGGAGAAGGAAAAGAAGGAGAAAGAAAGACAAGAAAAGGAACAGAAGGAGAAGGAAAGGAGGGAGAAGGAAAAGAAGGAGAAGGAGAGAAAAGAAAAGGAACGUUUGGAGCGCGAGAAGGCGGAAAGGGAGAAGAAGGAGAAGGAAGAGAAGGAAAAGAAAGAACGCGAGAAACGGGAGAAAGAGCGCCUGGAGAAGGAAAGGAAGGAGCAACUGCAACGGGAGAAAGAACGACUGGAGAAGGAAGUGCGGGAACUGGAACGCAAGGACAGGGAGAAGGCAUCUGCUGCUGCCACUACCACCGCCAAGUCCACAACAACCCCCACCACGACACCAGCAGCACCAGCAACAACAACAACACCAUCGCGAUCAGCAACAGCGUCGCCGUCAGCAACAGCGGGCGCAAAGUCGCCCCGCUCUGCGCGGAAGCAAGCGAGUGCAAAGGAGGAUGAGAUGAGCCGAAAGCUUGCAGAGCGGCAGCAAUCGCUCAACACGCUGCUGAACAAGGCGACAGAGCUUGCGUCGUCGGUGCAGGCCGCAUACCACACGGACAAGGAGGCGAUGGAUGCCCGCCGGCGGGAGCGGGCGGCGCGGGAGGCGGCGCGGCAGGAGAGGGAGGAGGCUGCACAGAAGAAGAGGGAGGCUGACAAGGUGCGCAUUGAGGAGGACAAGAACAAGCGCAUUGCCGAGGCACGCGACCGCAUUGCAAAGGAGCGGGAGAAGGAGAAGCAGGCGGGCGUCAGCAAGAACAUUCGCACAGAGGUGUCGACCAACCCCUUUUUCUCGUCGCCAUCAGCACACCUGCCCGUGCCCAAGAAGACCCGCAGCCGUGACGGCUCUGCAUCCCCAUCCACAACACCUGCCUCCUCAUCCACGUCGUCCACGGGCACCACGCGUCGCUCCACCAUCUCCAGUGCCCGCCCCUCCGCCGCAGGGACAUUGUCAUCGCCUGUAUCGAAACAUCGCACCACCACCACCACCACCACCACCACCACGCCAGCAUCACAGGCGCAGCGCAACGUGUCUGCGUCGCCGUCUGAUCGCGGGCGGAGUGCAUCUGCAUCUGUCACGCAGUCGCCGCGAUCCCCGCGCGCCGGCCGCUCCACAGCAACAGCGGCGCCAUCGUCGUCCCUCGCCACCACCGCCACCACUGCAACAGCAGCAGCAAAGUCGCCCGGCACAGCGAGGAAGCACGCCACACCGCACCGCACACCGGCGCGGCAGCAGCCGUCAACGCCAUCCGCGACCACAACACCAACCAGCAGCACCGUGUCACGCACACGCACCACGCACACGACCACGCACGCGACCAAACCCACACCUGCCACCUCCACGCCCUCCUCGGCAUCAACAGCAGGCGAUGCAGAUGCGACGGCGGCGGAGAUUGCGCGUGCGCGGCGGCGAGCAGAGGCGCGACGCGAGCUGGAGACGGCGCAGGAGGAGGCCGAGCGGAAGCGGCGGGAAAGGGCGGCCAUUGAGGAGGAGAAGAGGAGGAAACUGCAGGAGCGCAUCGAGGCGAAGAAGCGCGGCACUAUUUCCGAGACGAAGCAGUGGCCGCAGCUGCCGGCUGCAGAGCUGCGACGCAUCCAAGACGAGCGCCGGCAGCGAUUCCUGCAGCAGUCACACGACGACCGCGCCGCCCUCAAGACAUCGUCAACGCACUUCCACGCGGUGUACCUCCGCAUCUUGGCUGCGGCAGACAGCGUGUACGGCAGCACGGUGCCCGUCACCAAGACCGGCCUGGAGGACUUCCUCAAGCAGAGCCACAUCCACCUGUCUGGCUCUGUUGAUUCGCGGACAGUUGAGGACGCCGGCAAGCGCGUUGCAGAGACUGCCGCCCGCUAUCUCAAGGCUGCCGAGACGAUUGAGACGCAUGUGCAGGAUGAGAUUGCAGGUCUUGAGUGCCCACUGCUGCUUGGACGCGCCCUGGCCAGCGGCAUCAUGCUGUGCCGCCUCCUCAACGAGCUCUACCCGAAGAACAAAGUCGCCAUUGUGGAGGACCCAAGCAACAAGCCGCCGCCCAGGAGCCUGCGUUUAAAACGCAAUGCGACGGCGUUUUGCUCGCGGUGUGGCGCCGUGAACAUUUCAUCUGUCUCGGGCAUUAUCCCCGAAGACAUUUUGAAGGCGGAGGCGACAGAAAACCUUGUCGGUGUUGUGGAGGACGCAAUCUACAACUCGUCAGAGAGCAUGGUCUAGACAGCUCGCUUUUUGUGGCUGUGUGUGUUGUGUUGUGUUUGUGUUCGUGGUUGUGGUUGUACGGUUGUGGCUGUGUGUAUGUUCGUGUUUGUCCAUCUGUUUGCUCGUUUUGCCCGUGCCAGGUCGCAGCAUUGCGUGUCAUAGAUGCGUUGUGUUACCGUUUCGUUCUGCUUGCUUCUUUUGUUGUUUCAGUGCCUUUCGGUUUUGUUGCUGUUGCUCUUUGGUUGCUUUCCGUCAUCGUGUGCACUUGAGUUCCAGUCAUCCUCAGUGCACGUGUCUCUCGUUCUGCUUUCGCUUCCUCUUGCUCUAUUCUUCUUCCUUCUUCAUUGGCCGAGUGCUCGUUAUCAAUACAGACUCAUCGCUACAAUGAA